AUGCGUGAGCUUUGGGGUCGUCUCCUUCGCCCGUUGGAGUAUUCAAAAUCCGCUUGCUUCGGGGAACCCUGGAAGCAGCACACUCCGGUCGCGGCCGGCCUCCGACCUGGGCGAAGCAGGCAGUGUUUACACCUGUCACGAGGGAGGAGGAGGAGGAGGGGGAAAGAGGAAGCACCAGCAAAGCCCCAAAGUUCUCCACAGCUCCCGGGAGGGAACGGCCGGUGCCUGGCGUGGCAAAGAGGAAGCCGUGCGCUUCGGGCGCCGCCGCCGGCUUCCCCGCACCCGCCGCGGAAGAGGGCAGAGCCCAAGCCCGGAGCCCGCAGGCCCGCAGAGCCGGCACCUCCCCACAGCUUCAAGUUCCGCCGUAGACAGGUGCCCCGGGCCACGGCGAGGGUCUGGCAGGUGCGCUGGGUCUCCUCACCCUCAUCCCCCAAGCGUGGCUGGGGGAGAGGAGCCGUGGUGCUUACCUGGCUCGUCUGGGGCGGCCGCGAUGGGCAUGGCUCAGGGGGCCGGGGAGAAACUGGCUCCCCGGGGAAGGACCGGCUAUUCCGACGCGGAGCUGGUGAGAGCAGAAGGCAAGGUACACACAGCCCUGUCAGCGAAGCAGCGCCAUGGAUGCCCACCCGGAGUUUCAGCGCUGCCGCGGAACCCCCUUCCCAUUACCCUCCGCCCUCUUCCGCCGUCGCCGCCGCCUCCACCUCCUCCUCCACGGAGACCCCCCGCCCACUCCACACACUCUCCCAUCAUGCAGCGGGGAAGCCGCGGCCGCCUACACGUCACUUCCGGGCGCUGGCGGCCGGUUCGGGCCGGGCGCUAGUGGGUGCUGGGGUGUGCGAGGGAGGACACGCUGAGGGAAUUAGUGUCACGGAACGCUUACCCGGCGCAGGCGUCGUCGCGCAGAGCGCUGGCCGCCAUUUUGGGUGAGGGCAAGUUGCCCUUUUCUUUACUUCGCUGAGUGUCACCGAGCUGUGGUGGGGGCAAAGACGUCCUUCUGCACUCCGCCACCCGCUGGGGCUGCGCUCCGGACGAGGGACAGGUGUUUUUUAGCCUGUUGGUCUUAACCUUCAGUUCGGUACCGAGUUAAGUCUUUUGCUCUCCAAAUAAAACUGCAAAGGUUUUGAUAUACAGAACCAUAUCUUCAAAAACCUGUGGAGCACAGAUCGGCUUGUCCUUUUCGCCCCGAAAAACGACUUUUUCAUUCACCCUCAAAGUCUCUUCCUCUUUUUAAUUUAAUAUGACAGAAGAGGAAGCUGAUAUUUAACAAAGAAGAGAUUGUUAUAAAUGAAACCUAAGAUGGAAAGCAAGAGGGAAUGCAGCCGCCGAACAAAUCAUCUACGAGACCAACAACAAAUAUUGGGGAUUUUACUAACGGAUGCAGACAGCGAUCGUUUUUUAUAGAUGCUGCGGGAGAAUAGCCAAUGGAACUAAAGAAAUCAAAUCAACUUCUGCAUUUCUCUAGCAGAGGUCAUAACAGAUUCUUUUUUUAAUCUUCAGCCUUGAACAGUUGGUUAUUUACAUUUUUAUAAGCUUCCCCCCGCCUUUAUCAUGAAUUAUUAAAACACCUGCCACUAUAAAAAUCAGACUACAAGGCUACAAGGAACAUUGUUACCGUCUGGGACGAGCUGAGGGUCUUAUCCUGCAAAUCACGAGCCCUGCCUGGGUGCUCUUUCUGCUCACAUUUCCCAAACCUGCACCGGUAAUCUGGAUAAUUUAAAAUAUUUUCAAAGCUCAACAGCUAUGCAGAGAAACGAGGAUGAAAAACAACCCGUUCAGCCACCAAGAAGUGGCAACCCCUUCGAGUGGAGGAAUUACACGAAUGGUGAAGAUAAGGACAAAAGCAGUUCAUCAUGGUUUAUCCCUCCUCUGCAAUGUUCUAGACAAAUUAACUUGGAGUGCUAAAAUAGGCCCGCAUUUGUCUCUACAAGUCAGUCGCUGUCAGACAUACGUAGAAUACAUCAUUUUAAAUUGGAGUACCAAUUGCUCUGUGCCCGUGCUGGAUUUUUGGUUAUUGUUAAGUCAAUAAAGCGAGAAAAAUACAUAGGACUUGUCAAAUUUAUUCCUAUUGUAUUUCGCCCCCUGCUGGUUUAGCUCUCAUGCAAGCUUGAAUAUACACACAUAAGUUACUAUAAGUAUAUUAACUAGGAAGGAAACAAAAAUAUGUGUGUAUGCGGAGAAACUGGAAGUUAUUUCAGAUGACACAUGCUUGUUUUAAUUUGAUAUCCCUACUCAAUAGAAAUAUUAGAAUAAAUACAUAUGACAAAAUCUUGAAGCUGAAACUACACUAAAAAAAUGUUUAAACUGAAAUAAGGAGUUUAAACAUAAAAACAUUAAAAAGAAAACCCUGCUUUAAAAAAAUACAUUUCUGACACAUACAUAACAUAUGAUCACAAAAUGAUGAUUUGUGUUAGGUAAAUGCAGCAGUCAGUUCUGUUAAGGACAAUUAAGUAAUCAGUGUCCACCUUUGUACAUGGAAAUAGAAUAGUUAUCUGGCCAGCUGACUUGUGUAUACAAUCAACUGACUGAUUGUAAUUAGUAAUCCGACCAUAAUUCUGAAGACAGCAUUUCAAUGCUUAUGAAAUUGUAUUACAAAAGGGAAGUCUUUAUCUCUGAAUGUUUUUUUAAGAUGAUGAAUCUGCAGGAAAUACACUUAUUAAAAUUCAUUGCAUUUGGGUACUGUUUACUUUUUAA